AUAUAAGACUGGAAGUUUUCAACAGCUAAAUACUCAGAGGUGUCAGUAGGAUGGUGCUUGGACGUGACCUUCUUUCAGUUAAUCCGGAGAAACGAUGAUUUGACUAAUAUGAGAUACAACGUUUUCUUGGUUUUUUUGUUACUAAAUCUCAUACAUGCUGCUAAAAGUCACUUGGAUCUGGCCUGGGCUCAAAGAUCCAUAAAGAACAGAUCAAGCCGAGAUGUUUCCUGCAGAGAGGGCAUGGAGUAUGAACAUGACAACAUCUGCUGCCUACACUGCCCUGCUGGAACAUAUGUGAAAAAGGCCUGCCUUACUGUUUCAAAAAAAGGAGUGUGUGAGCCAUGCGAGUUUGACACAUACACUGAGCAUGACAAUGGACUGCGGAAGUGUUUAUCAUGCAGCAAGUGCCGUAUAGAUCAGGAAACCACAGCGAAAUGCACAAGUACCCAGAACACAUGGUGCAAGUGCAAACAGGGGUCAUUUUGUUUACCUGACCAGGCAUGUGAGGUGUGCAAGAAAUGCAGUAG